AUGACCUCCCCUGAUGCAUCAUCCGUCGACGAUAUUGUUGCAUCGUUUGCGUUUUCGUCCGAUGACAUCCGCGUGACAGCAGACUAUUUGCUGCAACAGCUGAAGUCCGGCCUCCGCGACGACCGCCUUCCCUUCCAGCACCCAUCGUUUGUCACCGCCAUCCCCGACGGCUCCGAAAAGGGCCGCUUUCUGUCCGUCGACCUCGGCGGCACCAACUGCCGUAUAAGUCUGGUGGACCUGCACGGCGACGGCACAUUUUCCAUCGAGCAACAGAAGCACACGGUGCCCCAUCAUGUGCGCGUCAACGCACGGCAUGAGCCACUCUUUGACUGGGUGGCCACGCAGAUUGGCGAGUUUCUGCGAGCGCGGCAGGCGCUCGGUCCGGAUGCCGCCCAAAAGGCAGCGCUAUCCCUUGGUUUCACAUUUUCCUUCACCUGCACACAGACGUCGCUCGCCGCCGGCACGCUGCUGCACUGGGACAAGGGCUGGGACAUCCCCAGCGCCUUGGGCCGCGACCCCUGCGCGAUGCUGCAGGCGGCGACCGAUGCACAGAGGCUGCCGGUGCACGUGGCGGCCCUCGCCAACGACAGCGUCGGGUCUCUCCUGACGCGCGCGUACACGUCAUCCGGUCCAGGCGUCACCACCCUGACCUGCGUCAUUGUCGGCACCGGCACCAACGCUGCGUACGUCGAGAAGCGGCAAAAUGUACAGCGGAACCACGGGGCCGACCACAGGGCCGACCACAGGGCCGCCCAGACGGCCGUCGUGGCCAUGAACACCGAAUGGGGCUGCAUGGACGACGGCAUGCGCGUGCUGCCGCGGACGCGCUUCGACGACAUGGUCGAUGCACAGUCGACGGACGGCGGCCUCCAGAUGCUGGAGAAGCGGGUGUCGGGCAUGUACUUGGGCGAGCUCUUGCGGCUGGCCGCGGUCGAGCUGUACGGCAAGGGUGUCUUCGACUUGCGCGUGCCAGACGCAGACGCCCCCCUGUUCCAGAAAGAGAGCAUCGAUGCGUCGCUUCUGUCUGGUCUAGCUUCUCUUGAAGGCGACGACGAUGCCUGCAUGGCCACGGCAAUUCAGCUGCUGGCCGACACGCUGGGCGCCGCCGGUGUCUCGGCUGCUGAUGUGUGCAUAUUUCAGCGUCUAUCUGCCGCCAUUGUCACGCGCGCCGCACGGCUGAUUGGCGCGGCCACAGGGGCCAUUGUGCUGCAGUCUGGCCUUUUGUCGACUGACGGAGCGAUUUCGGAGGAGAAGCAGGGGGAGAAACAAAUCAUGACAAUAGCCGUGCAAGGCAUGGCCACGACUGUACCAACAUCUGCCUCGAAGAGGAGUCUGUCCUCUAUCUUUGGCAAAGCACGCCGCAUCCUGUUGGCGCCAUUUGCUUUGUGUUUCGGCCGCCGUCCAAAGGCAGAAACAAAACCAGCUCUGUCUUUACUGCAGCCACCCUCGCCGUCACCGUCGACAUCACCCUCGCCGUCGGUCUUGCCGUCGUCCCUGCCCAUGAUUGACAUCGGCAUGACCGGCUCCGUCAUUGAAUUUCAUCCGACUUUCGAGAAAGACAUGCGGGUCGCCUUGCGCCAAGUUGCCGGCAUCGGUCCGGCUGGAGAUGCCCGGAUUCGUACCGGUUUCUGCCGUGACGGGAGUGUUGUCGGUGCGGCUCUAAUGGUCCAUGCGGCCGUCAAGCAGGAAUCUACGGCGGAAAGUUUAGGACAGCGUCCCAGACCGGUGAAACAAAACGCAAGUGAUUAA